UGAUCGCCGUUCUGCAAAUUCCCGGUCUUGUUGGGGGGUGUGGUUUGCCGCUCCUGUGAAUCGGGAACGAGCGUUCAUGUUCUCGGCACCUCCUGCGUGUUUGCGAGCGAGAUCGGGUUUUCUGACCCACGGAGGAAGAGCUCAGUUCACCGUUCAGAUCGACAUGAGGCUGUGGAUUGGGUGCGUGUCCUUGUUUGUUCUUGCCGACUUCAUUUGUACUGACAAUGACAAUACAGUUUUCUGGCAUCCCCGGGAUGCCAACGCCGUCUUAGUGCGACCAAAGCGGGCUAAUUGGUACUUCUUCGAGGAGAUUUUGCAGGGAGACCUGGAGAGAGAGUGUUACGAGGAGAGCUGUAGCUAUGAAGAAGCCAGAGAGGUCUUUGAGAACGUGCCAAAAACAAAUGCCUUCUGGACGGUAUAUUAUGAUGGGGACCAGUGUAAACCCAACCCCUGCCUCCAUGGUGGGACGUGCACUGACCAGAUUGGGUUUCACAUCUGCAACUGCACAGAAAUGUACAGAGGGGUGAACUGUGAGAGGGACGUGUCCCAAUGUGAGCCUGAUGGGCCGCUGUCCUGUGACCACUUCUGCCAACCCUCAUUCGACUCGUUCCGCUGCUCCUGUGCAACGGGGUACACCAUCCACAGUGACGGAAGGACCUGCCUGCCGCAAAAUCCAAACUCCUGUGGGAGGGCACUAGUACUGGGGCAGAAGAACAUCAGCGAUAUGAUCCAUCCAUGGAGAAACCUCUGCCCUCACAGGAGAUGUCCAUGGCAGGUCAGUUUGACUGAUGAAGCUGGAGAGGAAUUUUGUAGUGGUGUCAUUUUGGGUCUUCGUUCUGUCCUGACUACUGCCAGAUGCAUCUCCCAGAUGAAGAGCUUCCUUGUGGCUACUGGAUCAUCUGAAGCAGGAAGUUCAGGAGGCCAGGUGCACUCAGUGUCGAAGAUCUAUGUCCAUGAGGGAUACAAACCUCACAAAUGGGCAGAUGACCUAGCUUUCCUACAGCUGCGUGAACGCAUUCAGUUUGGCCGUUCUGCCUUCCAAGUAUGCGUCCCAGAGAAAGACUUCGGCGAGAAUGUGCUGAUGAAAGAAGGUCAAUCCGGCCUGAUGGGGAACAUGAAGCGCAGCACAGCUGGAAAUGGUGCUCACACUUCCAACUACAUGCCUUUGGAAUUGUGCCGGUCAAGGCUCAAUCACACGAUACCACUCACUAACAAGAUGUUUUGCACAAACAGUCCAAGUGUGACCGCGAGCGAUGGGGAUACUUGUAACUUUCUGCCAGGGACACCCAUCGUUUCGGUGAAAAAAAACACAGUUUUCCUCACAGGCCUGCUCAUCCCAUCUCAGGUUCACAAAUGUAGCCUAAGCUACACCUUCAUCAAGCUCUCUCGGUAUCUGUCUUGGAUUCAGCAGCACUUGAAACGCAUUGAGAAAUGACCACUGUUGGUGUGUGCCUGCACAUUUUAAUUUGGUCAUUCAGUGGACUUCUAAAGAAAAUAUUCUCUUAUAGCAUAUCUCCUCUGUUACUCCCUUGACUUGCUUUGGAAACCACACGAGCGGUCACUAUGGUUCAGGUUUGACUCGGCACCUUGCAUGCAUGCAUGCAUAGCACAUCUCCAUCUUCUCUGAACGUCCAAAUGUCCCAAAACCAUAUUCGCCGAGCAUCAAAAUGUAACAGCAUUUAGACCAAACCUCAGAAUUCUCUAUAAAACACACCAGUGUUCUAUGACAGUCCUAUAAGGUUUGAAAAGCUCAAAAAAGUCCACCAACAGCUGCAUCGUACAUACUGUCUAAUAAACUCGUUUUGGACAAA